AUGGGUCAAGCCAGAAGCGGAGGAGGUGCAGGCGUUCUUUACAACUUGUCGGAGAAUUAUGUCCGCGAUGAGCCGCUGCUCAUCCGUGACACCGCCAAGGAGGAGCUGGACUACAUCGCCGCCAGGGCGGCAGAUGCGGUGCUCGCCAAGGAGGCUGGCAGCACUAGCACCGUGGAGGACGAGGCCGACGCGGCCGCGGAGGAGACAGAGCUCGCCGGAUGGGCGGAGUCUGCUGGGGAGGCCAGCAGCGUCGGUGCCGGGGCCCCCCUCAUCGAAGACGUGGUUGAGGAGUCGGCCGAAGAAGAGGCCGAUGCUUUCGACCCCUCGGCCACAGGGAAGAGGCGCGUCCUGCGGUGGGCCCGCUCGAGCGAGCCGGUCCGGCCCGGCAGGACCGCACAGCGGCAGCAUGUCCAGGAGCAGUCCGUGUGCCAGACGAGAGCCGCGGCGACGAAGGCCGCGGUAGCAAAGAAGGCGGUGAAAACCGUGGUAGAGAAGAAAAAGGCGGCCGCUUCCUCCUCAUCCAAGCGGCGCCGGACCCCAUCCCCUUCUCCUCCUCCUUUGGAUGGCACCUCAGAGGAUAAUUUUGACCUCGGGUCCUUCAGUCCGAAGAGGAAGAGGAGGCUAGUGGAAGAGGAGGCGGAGGACGAGUAA